CACUCUCUUCAGUAUGUGCUUGGUUGCGGCCAGAGACAGGACAGAGCGAGUAGUGUGUGAGAUAGUGAAAAAUUUGAAACAGAGAAAACUGCUAUAGUGAGAGAGGAGUUACGUGUCCGAUGGUCCUUCGAUGGGCGUUUGUGUUUGUCCUACUACUCCUGCUGCUCCUCCUGUCCCUGUGUGCCUUGCUGCGGCGGCCCCCUCAGCGUAGGAGGGGCGUGGUGGGAUCGGUGCCCUGGUGGUGGUGUUGUGAUGCUGUCCUCCGUGGUGCAGUAUCAGAAGUGCCACAGUGCCUGCAUCGCCCUAAGUCCAACCUGCUGCCCAACCAACACACACAUCCUGCCCUACUCUACACCGUAUCCUGAAUAUCAGUGGCUCCCUCCCAGCAAACAAUAUCCUACACCACACACAGAUCCAUCCUUCACCUCUUUCACUUCUACCUCAGAUCCUUCCACCUGCGCUGGUAACCUAAAUUACCUUACCCUGAAUCCUGUGCCAGUGUCCCUUUCUGGCUCAUACACGCACACCCUACACCUUUCAUCCCCUCCAGAUCCUUCCCCUCCACCGCCCUCACCCUCUCCAUCCACGCCCGCCCUCUCAUGCACCUCAGACACCCCUGCCAUGAUCUCUCACCCCCCUCCGUCACCGCCUCCUUCGGCCAUGCCCCCGCCUCUCCCCGUGACCCUUGGUGGUCGCGGGGUGUCCCUCAAGGUGUUUGAACCAGGUGGAGACACUAAAAUGGAGUGGAUGGUGAUGAAUAUGGAUCACUUCUUCGCUCCGUCCAUUCAACUUGGCACUUACAUGAAGGACAAAUACGUGGUGCCGCCCAACUGUGAAGGAUGCUGGUGGUCGUAUAUAAUGGAAACAAACAUGUACGAAUUCAAUGAGACAGACAUCAGGAACAGGAAAUGUUGUUACUCGAGGGUUGACGAGGAUAGCAUUAAUAUGUUGAGCCUGGCGGGACACUUGCACCAAGUCUUCCUUACCACCACGUACGAGGCGCGACGCAGGCGACGGCGAGGGAGGGGUCGCAAGGACCUGCGUCGUAACUAUUGCCAGGUUUGGCGCUGUGAGCGGCGAUUGGCUAGACUGGCCGAGUUACAGCUAACCCAUCAGCAAGCCAAAAUCAAGAUCAUCAUACACCGCCUCAAUCAAGAUAAAGCACGCUGGCACUUCAGGCGGUCGUUAUUCAUGAACAAGAUCAUCUCCAAAAAUUUAUUACCUCUCCUGGUUCAUGUCAAAGAGGAAAAGGGACUUAUGGAAGCAACAGUGAAAGUGCUGCAGGAGCUGAUGACACCCGUCGAGUGCUUGAUGCCAACAGAGACCAUGAGCCAGAACCAUGAGGGGAAGCGCAUCAUCUAUGAGCUGGAGACAGCCAUCGUGAAUGCCAAGAAACUAUUCCUCGACACACAGGUCACCAAGGCCAUCGUUGACCUCAUGAGCUCAGUCCUCCAGGACUCCAAGAUCCUCACUCUGCCAGAGUGUGAGCUCAUCAACCAGUGUCUGCUGCUGGUGCGCAACCUGCUGCAUGUCAGCAGCAUCCAGACCUCACAACAGCGUGCCCCCACCACCUCCACUGCCAACAAUUCCAUGGCUGCCACACCCAACCUGCCCGUCAGCGCAGGCCAACAGACCGGAGCAAACACAACGGUGCUCACGGAAGACCAGAUCAUGUGGAACCUGUUUGCUCAACGCUUUGACAACAUCCUCAUUCAGCUCCUGACUUGCAACCAACAGCACCUGUGGAACAUCACUAUGGUGCAGCUGGUGUCCCUAAUGUACCGAGACCAGCAGCAGGGCACCAUCAGGAAGCUUAUCAAUGAGUGGCUGGAGUCGUCCCUCCCUGAGAGUUCAGAAGAUGAUGAGAACAACCCCAUGUCCUCCUCCUCCUCCGAUGCAAUCUCCACCUCUGACCCUGUGUCUGACUCCUCGGAGAGACUGUCCCCUGUGGACGGCAUGGCAAAGAAGAACAAGAAGAUACACAAGAUGUCAAGUCUCCAAGAGGACUCUGAUCUUGCCUCAGGAAACAAGACUUUGCACAAUCUGGACAGCUGCCCGGACAGCGGGUUCUGCCGGACAGGGUCCAACAUAGACUCCUCCCUGGAUGAGUCUGUCUCAGACAACAGCUACCGCAUGUUGACUUUGGAGAAGCAAGAGAAGGAAAGUGGCGGCAAGGGCACCAUCACGGCCUGGUACCCGGGAGAUGCACCUCCCAGGCUGGAUGCUGUGGGCCAAGCAAUAGAAGAGGUUUCUGCGGAAGAAAAGAAGGGGUUGGAUGGCAAGACCUGCAGGGAAGCCAGCAGCCCCAAGGACAUGUACAAAAUAAAAAUCAUUGGGGAAUGUGAAGAGAAUGAGAGUGACCAGGGUGGCAAUGAGGGUGGCAGUGAGGCAAGCAGCCCAGUGCCAUCGGAAGAGCAGCAGUCACCCAUUACCCUGGAGGACAGCAAGCCCACUGAUCCGCAUCUCAUGGAGUUCAUGCCUGGAGAAGAAGAGGCAGAGGAAGAAGCAGUAGAGCUAGAGGCAGAAGCAGGAACAGGAAUGGGAGCUGAGGCAAAAGUGAGAGCUGCAGCAGAAGAAAAGAGUAUCAUGACUCCCCUAGAUCCUGUCCUCAUAAGUAAGCAGGGUGAGGAGUCAUUUCCUCUAAGGGAGAUGCACUCACCUAUGGAUGAGGAGGAGGAGGAUGUGAGACAGCCAGUCAAGUGGCCACCCAAUGUGGAGGAAUCGGGCUUCAGUGGAGACUCCAGUGAGAAGAAGCCACCACCUCAGCUGCCGAAGCUCCACAAGAACAAGCCACUGGUAGGACAGAAGCGCUCCAGACACACCAUGUCCCAGAAGCUGCUCUCAGACACCCAGGAGAACAAUGAGUCCAGCAAUUCCACUGGUUCAGAGUGUGACGAGGGUCCGCAUGCCAAGCGGCCGCACCACCAGAAGCCACACAAGAUGCUGAGCAAGCCUCGGCCAGCCAAAAUGCUGCAGAAGGCACUGCAGGAGAGGAACAUUAAGAGGACCAAACUGAUAAAGAGGAAGGAAAGCAACAGCAUCAAGGCAAAGGCUCUGCUUCACCACCAUCCAACACCCGAGGACAUCUCAAAUCUCCUCAAGGAGUUCACUGUGGACUUCAUGAUCAACGGCUACUCUAACCUCCUGCAGGGUUUGAGGUUGCAGGUCAUGAUGCCCUACCAGAUUGACCUGGACAAGUCUCACCUGCUGUGGCUCAUCACCUACUUCUUACGCUUUGCUGUGGAGCUGGACCUGGAGCUGUCCCAGAUCUGCCCUGUGCUGUGUGUGGAUGUGGCAUGCUACUUGGUGUAUGAGGGUGUGGUAAUGCAGGAGGAGUUGGAGCAGGCAGUGCGGGCCGGAGAAAAUAACCUGCUGCCUCAUGUUCGCCGCCUCCACCUUGUUGUCACUGCCCUGAGGGAGUUUUUUGUAGCAUUUGAGAUCUGCUUGAAGAGAGAACAAAGCCUUCUGGAUGCCAACCACCUAUUUCACAUGAGAGAAGAACUUGGGACGCUGGUGGAGAUGAGACAACUGUUCGUGUUGUUGAUCCGAAUGUACCGACCUGGUGUGCUGAACCUCAACUACCUGCAAGACCUCAUCACCACCAACCACCGCUUCCUCAUCACCCAGGAGCCCAAUGCCCCCAGCCACUCCCUCCACUGCUCCUUCAACCUGUUCAACCACAUCAAGCAGUUUGCCACAAUGGACAUCAUGCGUCAGUACAGCCGUCUGCUGGAAAACUUCAACAUGAAUGAUGAGACAGUGAACGACUGUAUCUUCACCAUGAUGCACCACAUUGCCGGUGACCUGAGGAAUGUCAAUGUGCUGUUGCAGCCGUCCAUCCUCAAGGUGUUCAUGCGCAUCUGGAAGGAAGGUUUUGAACUGUGUGGGGACUGGGCAGACCUGAUAGAGUAUGUCCUCCGCAAGUGUACCCGCAUUCGCAUCAAACACCCGGACAAGGAGAAGAGCAAGAACUCUCACAAGCCCAUGGUGGAGGCUCCAGGGAUAGACCUCUCGAAUGAAGACUUUGAUCAGCUAUACAACCUAUACCUGGCCACUACAAGUGAGCAGGACCUCAUGGACAAGAUAAAGGAGAUCUGUUGCGAUGACUCCAUUGAGGAACCCAUCAAGAAGGAAGUGAUACAGAAGUUGUUAGCGCGAGGCUUCAUAACCAACAGUGAAUGCUCCAAGCUGUGUGCAGAGAUUCCCAUUGCCAGCCACACGCACACAAACCCUGAGCCCGCCACCGCACAGCACUCCCAGGUGGAGCCGCUGGUCGCCAACAAGUCAGAGGGAGAUGUCAGUCUUGAGUGCGAUGUCAUGCAGGUCAGCAGCGACUCGGAAGACUCUUCUGACGUCCCUUCAAACCUUGCCCACACCACCCAGGUCAAUAAAAUGUCCACGGAGGAAGUGACGGAAAAGCUUGAUGGCAUGGGAAGCCUGAAACUUGCCUCACCUCCACAUGCUGAACGGUUGAAGCCCAAGCAGGAGGAGAAGUCUGUUGAAACCCAAGCUCCAUUGUCGGAAAAGAGCAUGGAUGUGACCUUCCUCUUUAAUGAGGAUAGCUAUGACUGGGAUGACAACACUACUGUUGCCUUCCUUAUUGACAAGCUGAGAGAGGAAGGCCAUGGGAGUCAGGUUGUGUGGCUUCAGAAGCAGAUUCUUGAGGCCUGCUAUGCCAAGAUCAGGUUCAUGGGCACUGACCUCCCCAGACCAGAGCCUGUUGCCUUCCAUUUUACAUUGUCCAACCAGUCCAUCCCACUCAUUCCUUGGACCAGUGAGCAGGAGGAGGCGUUCUCCUCACCCACCUUCCGUCAGCUGCUGGCCGAGCUAGGUUUCCACCUGCCCUCAGACACUGGAAAGUUGUACCCCCGCAUCCCCCACUUCUGGUGCCCUGAGGUGCUCUACAUGGUCGCCAAAAGACUUGGAGAUAUUACAGACAGUGUUCUGAGAGUGUCAUUAGAGCAGAUGCAGUUAUUGAUGCAACAUGUGAAGCAGAUGGCUCUCACAGGUGCUAUGAGAGUCAAGGGAGUGCCGCUGGAAGAGUCCUUUGUUAAUAAGAGGGCUGCUUCCGUUGACUACAAUGACUCCUCUGAGGAAGUCAGCGACUGCUCCAUGGAGAACAACCGCUCCGGCAACUCGUCCCCGGUCUCGUCCAUUGAGGAGAAACUGAUGCCGCUGGCCGAGGGAGAGCCGGCCCGGAGCACCAGCCUCACCUAGAGGUUGGUCGGUGCAUGGGUGCCUGUAAAGGUAAACUGUGGUCACCAGGAUGUCUUAGUCCCAGGUUCAUGGGUGUUUAAUCAUCAGAGACAUAAAGGCCAACCAGAUGGAGACUGAAGUAGUGGUGUCAAGUCACAUAACUAAAUUUUAUACAAGGGACCUCUUUUUUUCUGCAUCAAUGAGUUACAGGUCUUAUCUUUACCAAAGAUUUUAGGUAAAGAUUCACAACUUUCAUAAUCAAGAUUGUGGUCAAUGAUUUUCAGUACCACUUAUGAGGUCGGUGCUGUAGUAGAGAAAGUAAAAGUGUAUGGCCAUACUGUAGUGGGCAAGCACACCUAUGCACAUGUGUGCACACACACACACACACACACACACACACACACACUAUAUUGAAUUAACCAUUAGAUGGUGUGGUUGGCUAGUUGAUUGCACACUGAUGGAGGAGUUGGCUGGUGGAAGUAUGAUUUGAGACUAAAAGAAUGAAUGAAUGUAAGGAUUUGUAUGUGUUAACAUAGAAAGACAGUACAUACAUCAUACAUACCAACUGAACAACUUGAAACAUGCCAUACAAAAAUUUUUCCCAUCACAGGUGUACAGAGGAGGAAACAACACUAGAGCACAAAAUACUGACUAAAUUUCUUCAUUUGCUACAUAUUGAAUUAAUAUGCAUUGUUUGUAGCUUUUAAGCAAAAUUUAUCACCACAAAAGCCCCAGAAUCUGGCAUUGCUAAUAAAUCUAUCAUAACAAGAACCUGAUAAGCACAUCAGUCACUUCAGGAAACUACAACAGGUUGUUCUUACAAGUGAGGACUGAAUCAGUAAAGAGAACUUUGGGCAAAAAUUGGAAGUAAUGAAAUUAGGCUGCAAGACUUUACCCAAGUGUUGGUUCCUGCAUCAUAAUUAUGAAAAUUUCUAAGCUUACUGAAAAAAGUGAAUUACUAAUGAGAAUAUUCAAUUGACUUUCAUUCAUAAAUACACAAUAAAAAAUAUCUUGACAUAACAUUUGACCAAGAAUUGAAUAUAUGACUACAUAGUAGCAGUCAAAUUGGCAAAGUAAUGAUAGAAUUGGUCGUUAAACAAUUUAUCUUUAUUUCCUAUAUAGUUUAGAAAACCUGUGGCUGGUUUGAUGAUGUUUCCAGCAGGCCUUCCACCAGCUGCUGUCUUCCCGACGUCUCUGCCUCUACCUCGGUCCCAGCUGACCCACCCCUGCCCAUCACCUGCCCAUUGCGAGGGCGCCGCUACUCCUCUGUGAACCCACGGACACGCCCUGAUCUUAAGUGCUGGCACUGGUGUCACCUCGUCCUUCCCUACCCCAGGAGGGUUGAAAACCUAAACUUGUGAUGUGGACACCCAAGUGUUCAAGAGUUCCAUUGGGGAUGGAAAAGUGCAAACUGUUUACACUCAUAUUUCUAUUUUUUUUAUAUAGAUAUAUAAUACAUGUAUAAUGUGAACUUAAAUUAUUUUACUUGCAUACAAACUAUUUUUAUUAGUUAAUGGCUAUCUGUAUAACCAAAGAUCCAGACCUUUGUGUAAUGACUCACUUCAGGAGAGCUAACUGGCAUUACAGACUGUCACUGUACCCUGCAAUUCUAGACUUAAGCUUGUUAAGUAAUUAUGUGACGUCAUCCACCUGCAUACUCCACAACCUUGAUUACCUCUGGCUUCAGUUUAAUUUUGCUUGAUUCAUUUAUAAGUUGUACAAUAAUAAUUUCCUCUGAUCCAAGCAUCAGUGCUAACUUAUGUAAAGGACAAUUUCAGUACAAAUGUAAUUUUAGAAAACAAAAGUUCACCUUCAGCUGCAUAAGAGUUCCUGAAUAUGUUUUCAUCUUCUGAUCAACAACAUGCAAUGCACAUUAAGGUCAACAAUAUGUUGAGAUGCUUGGGUCAGGGUCUGUCUUGUCUAAUCUGCAUCAUCUGAAAAAGACUCAGCAUAGAGCUCAAAGUCUCAAACAAGUACCCUUUUAUAUGAAGCAGCAAAUAUCUGCUCCUGAAUGACGGAAAUGUGUUAAAUGACUUGUCACAGUACAUAAAUACUAGUUAUAUGAUUUA